AUGGAACAUCGUCCCACCGGCCGUCCCCAAGAUCACCCAAACUACAAUACCACUGUUACAUCCGCCAACAUAGGCAUACGUAUGCUAACAUCCGGCUAUGCGCCUGGUACCGAGCCAAUAGCACGACCCCCAAACGCAUUAGACGAUCCUGAGUAUUGUGCAGGAUGCGGUACCUCGACCAACGGAGCCCAAGAUUGGAAGAAAAGGCAUUUACAUCUUCGUAAUGAGUGUAAGUUAGCUUACCAGAAUAACACUUGUCGGUUUCCAAAAAUUCCGGCGCCGUUACCGGCAUCGGAUCCAAACGGUGAUAAUACUGCUCAUGAUGAUUAUUACGGUGAUUAUGAUGCUUAUGCUAAUAAUGCCCUUGCGGGUGCUGUCUCCUACGAUACGCAACAGUCCUUAUACCCACAAGCGAGUAGUAGCACAUCUCAAGCUGAAAGUUACUACCCGGCAACAACUACUGGUACCACUCAGGGUGGUCAGUACUCCUCGACGACUGAUAGUGUGUCUCAAGAUGUACACUACUAUCCGGCAAUUAGUAGCGCAUCUCAAGGUCAAGAUUAUACAACUACCUCCCAGUAUAGAGGUAGUGGUAGUCGUGGUUAUCGUCGCGCAGGUAAUAAGCGAAGAGACUAG